CACGUGUAUGAUAACAGUGAUCGUUAUCACGCUAACUCUAUACUUAAAGUAUUGAAAUUCUUUUGCAUUUGUAGUGUUCAGAUAUUAGCACGGAGCAAUGUACUGUGAAGAGUAACAGCUACUAUUAAAAUCAUGACAACAUUAGUGCUUGUGUUUCUUGUGCUGUGCAAGCUUGUGGCGGCGGAGGAAUACUUGGAUGUGACCAUCGACCAGGGCCCAGUCCGAGGAUAUAAGACUUCUGAUGGUGUGUUUGCGUUUUAUGGUAUACAUUAUGCCACAGCGCCGACAGGACCUCAAAGGUUUAAUGCACCCCUGCCACCCCCAACAUGGGAAGACACAUUCGAAGCUACGGAGAGACUGAUUAUAUGUCCACAAGCUGCACGAGGAGGAGGGCAGUUUAUGAAAACUGUUGAAGAUUGUUUAGUAACUAACAUCUAUGUACCAGAUACCGAUGAGAAAAAUCUCCCAGUGGUAGUGUUCUUCCAUGGGGGAGCAUACCAAUAUGGCUACGGUGAAUCAAAGGAACCACAGAAAAUCGUUAAAACUAAAAAAGUUAUUGCUUUAAACUUUAACUAUCGAGUGGGGCCUAACGGUUUCCUUUGUCUGGGAACCAAGGAUGUUCCAGGAAAUGCUGCCAUGAAAGACCAAGUAGCGUUGUUGAGAUGGGUCCAACAAAACAUUAAAUAUUUUGGAGGCAAUCCUGCUGACGUCACUAUAGCGGGGUGCAGCGCCGGUGGAUCCUCCGUCGAUCUGCAUUUAGUCUCCAAGAUGUCCAGGGGACUAUUUAAAAAGGCCAUACCAGAGAGUUCUGCAAACUUAUGUUCUUAUAGUGUUCAACCAGAUCCUAUAGAAUAUGCUCAAAACUAUGCCAAAUUACUUAAUUUUACAAACGUGGAUGAUAUUCAAGCUUUAGAGGAAUUCUACAAGAAUGUGCCUUUUUCUGUACUAAACUCUAUUAACGUUAUGGAAAACCUGGAUUCUUCAGUAACAUUUGUUCCUUGCAUCGAAAGAGAUUUGGGACAGGAGAUGUUUUUAGAUACUGAUCCAUCGUACGUUUUGAAGACGGGCGCCUAUCGGAAGGUUCCGAUGCUGUACGGCUUCACCGAUAUGGAAGGCAUGUUGAGAUUAUCUUUUUUCCCUACCUGGAAAGGUUUAAUGAAUGAAAACUUUGCUGACUUCCUACCCGAAAAUCUCCAGUUCCAAAGCGAAGAAGAAAAACAAAGAGUGGCUCGAAAAGUUAAAAACUUUUACUUUGGAAAUAGAACUGUAGAUGAAAGCACUAUUGCUAAUUUCGUAGACUAUAUAACAGAUAUAACUUUUACACACGGGAUGCUGAAGUCUGCUGCGUUGCAAACAAAAGCUGGCAAUAACAACGUAUAUCUUUAUGAGUACGUAUUUGACAAAUCUGGAAACCUUCCAUAUAAUCUUCAUGGGGCAAAUCACUGUGACCAAUCAAUGGCUGUUUUAGAUGAAGCCAACGAAGAAGAUCUGUCAGCAGAAUAUAAACAAAUGAAAUCAACUAUGAGGGAUUUAUGGCUCAACUUUAUUUUGACCGGGAAACCAGUACCUGCAGAAUCCAGUUACCCCCAGUGGCCACCAGCGAAUACAAACAGAAGUCCUCACAUGGUUCUGAACACCACCAUGGAACUGAAGGGCAAAUUACAACCCAAGAGAGCCAAGUUUUGGGAUAACAUCUACAGCAAAUACUACAGGAAACCAAUACCUCCUACGUACUAAUUUUAAUCUGACUCUUAUUUUUUAAUCAUUUUA